GGUUCACCAGGGCAAGGGAAAUACCAACUGCAGAACUUGUGAGAAAGAGAGAAUUGGAGCAGGCCGAAAAUACAUCAAGACAACCAUAUCAGAAAAAUACAUCGUGCCCUGUUCUUUCAAUACAAAGUCAGCGCAAUGAUAAUAUGAAAACCAAGUAUUCUGACAAGUGCAAACCUUGGAAACAAACAGAAGAUAUCUGUGGUAUUGCUAACAAAUUCUACUCUAUUAACAAGGAUAUUUACUGCAGGGGAAAACCAAAGAAUACUAGCAGGAAUAUCUGUAGUUUUGCUUUCAGUAAUCAGGUCGUCGAUAAAACACCGGAAAUCAAUUGCGAUAAUGAAAUUUGUCGGAAUGGUAGUUUAUUUGUUGGCAGCGUGAACCCAGAGAUUGGAGUAGUAACAUCACAAGACUGGAAAGAAUUUCGCUCAGCAAAAUCAGCUGAACUUGCUUUGCCUGGGAUCAUUUCAAAUAAUGUAAAAAAUGGACUCACUUUUUGUUUGAUUCGUUGUGUCAAGAACGAUGAAAAUAUUGACCAAUUGUUAACAUUUCCACACAUUUUCACAAAGUAUCGUGAAAAAUUGCGUAAUAAACGUCAAAUGAGCAUUCGUGUUAAACGAAAGAGCCGACGAAAACAACGUGGAAAGGAAAGAAAGUUGUUUAAUAUCAAUAUUUUAUUGUUGGAUUCAGUCUCACGCAAUCAUUUCUAUCGUAUGCUGAAUAAGACUGUCAACACUUUACGACAAGCAGCAUUAGGUCCGGACGUCCUUAUACUGGAUUACGAAUUUUUACAAAGUCUGGCUCCAUAUACUUACAAAAACAUCAAAGCUCUCUUCACAGGGACUAUAGAAAGAGAAGCUCAUAACUUGAAUCAAAACAUCGGGAUAAAUACCUUAUACGGGCAUCUUAAAAGACAUGGCUAUCGCACUCUAUUUCAAGAAGAUAGUUGCUGGUACGAUCGUUGGGGAACUGUACUGGAAAACAGCAUCAGAAAAGAUAAACUACCUCAGAGUAUCGAAGACUUAAAAAAAUCAUGGAGACACUUCAGAAAUUUAACAAAGACAUAUUCAGUUGAUGAUUACGGGUUGACACAUUUUAGCUGUGUUGUAUUCAAGAUGCAUGGCAUACCAAACAUGUUUAAUAAACCGCUAAAAGUCUGCUACGAUGGACAACCAAUUUCGUCUUACUUUUUGCGCUAUACACGAGAUUUUUUAAACCAAGCAAACUCAAGGAAAGGCAAAGGACCAACGUUCUCAUAUCUUCACACUAAUUUCGGCCAUGAAGAGACAGGGUUACGCAUCAAAGCCUUAGACGAUGCAUUAUCAGAGUUUGUACGAGACAUGGCGAAGCGGAAGGACACGUUGACUGUUAUAUUAUCAGAUCACGGUCCCAAGACAACGGUAUAUUCUCGAGACUAUCUUCAUGGCAGAUACGAAACAUACGACUCACUUUCAUUUAUGAUUAUUCCUAAAAAAGUCCAGCAUGGAUUAGGAGAAUCAAGAGUGGCUUCACUUGUUAGAAAUCAAAAGUCUUUAAUAACAAUGCAAGAUAUUCAUGAGAUGCUAACAGAAAUGACUCAACUUCAUAAAAGAAAAAGUGCAUUAUUUUCUGAUAUUUCUAAACGAACCUGUGAUUCCAUACUAAUGAUCAGUUACGGCGUUUGCAAAUGUAGAGACUGGGAACGACUCUUCAUUGACCAAUCACCGCGCUUCAUACAGUUGGCUGAAUUUGCAACUGAAUUAUUGAACGACAAGGUACGUGAACAAUUCUCGACAUCCAAUCGGUCUGGCUUCGGAAAAUGCCGUAAGUUACAGCUACAUCGCAUCUGGAAUAUACGACAACGCAUUUCAAAUGCUUCCUAUAUCACAACUUUUGAUUUAGUUGUACAGCCGUUUUAUACAAUUUUUCUCGUUCAGACAAAACAUAGUGAAAAGGAUGGAAUAGUUGAUAAUAUCAGCUUACAAUCAUGGAGAAGAGUAAGCCUUUACCGUCAUUAUAUUAAAUGCAAAGACAAAUCUGUUGAUAUGGAGUUAUGUGUUUGCAACCUUAGAAAACGAAAUUCCAAUAAACGACUGUUAGAAAUUAUCGAGGAAGCGAAAGUUAGUAAAGACAACGAAAUUAUUAAGACCAGAACAUCAUGUCUGUAUAUUUUGCUUACUAAAGUGGAAGACAAGCUGGAGUCGAUAUUCUCUUAUGAUGCUAUAAAUACUUGUGCGAUACGUUAUAUUUUUACAGUUGAUAGUUUACAGAACGUGGAAAAUUUUCAAGGCAGGAAAAUUAUUAAGGAACUACAGCCAAAUACAGACACAUUCCUAUUUUCUGUUGUUGCCAAAGAAAAAAGAAAGCCAACGUUCAAAUACUACUUCAAAAGAACAUAA